UUUACUUUUUCAUAUUAUAUAAAGGCAUAAAGUAAACUGAAUAUAUAGUUGAAGUUUUGUCCCUUUUCAAAGCUUAAGAUAGUUUUUCAAAGGUCAAAGGCAAAGUUUUUCAAAGGGAAAAGGCAACUUGGAUGUGAUGUGGGUCCAUUUCCAGACCAACAUGGCAAGUUAUCAACAUGAUUGUCCAUGUAUUAUUCAUAACACCCAAUUUCUUAUUCUGUGUUCCUAUUGUACAAUCAUGAAACCAAUCAAAUUCAGAUUAUUACUUCUACUCUUGUUACUGGCCUUUACUGCAGAAUCAUACUGCACCAAAACUUGUGACGUAGCUUUAGCUUCCUACAAUAUACAAAUAGGUUCAAACUUAACAUAUAUUUCAUCCAUCAUGAUAUCCAAGGUUGUUUCAGAACCUGAAGAUAUUUUCAGCUACAACAAGGACACAUUACAAAGCCCAAAUAGUCUCCUAGGCGAUUCGAGAGUGAAUGUUCCCUUCACUUGUGAUUGCAUCAAUAAUGAGUUUCUUGGUCACACUUUUCUAUAUGAGCUUCACCAAGGAGAUACCUAUGCUUCAAUUGCUGCAUUCACUUUUAGCAAUUUGACUAAUGAGGAGGGGAUGCAAAGAUUCAACGUUUAUAGUCCAGAUAAUAUUCCUGUUGAUGGAACUCUUAAUGUUACUGUUAACUGUUCAUGUGGGAAUAGAGAGGUUUCUAAGGAUUAUGGUUUGUUCAUCACAUACCCUCUUACUUCUAAGGACACUUUGGAGUCUAUUGCAAAGGAUACCAAACUUGAUGCUGAGUUGCUUCAGAGGUACAACCCUGGCGUGAAUUUCAGCCAAGGAACUGGUCUUGUUUUUAUUCCAGGAAAAGACAUAAAUGGAAGUUAUUUGCCCUUUCACUCCAAUACAGUAGGAAGCGGAGCUAUUGCCGGAAUAUCUGUUGGAGUACUAGCAGGGAUUUUACUAUCGUCGUUUGGUGUGUAUGUUAAAUAUUACCUAAAGAAGAAAGCAUGGAAGAAAAAUUUGACCUUAGAUGAUUCCAAGAUGAUGAACUCAGCUCAAAUUGGUACCGAAAUCACAGGCCUUUUGGUGGAAAAAUCACAAGAGUUUUCAUACAAAGAACUUUCCAUUGCCACAAAUAAGUUCAGCAUGUCUAAUAAAAUCGGUGAAGGCGGUUUUGGAGAAGUCUUCUAUGCAGAGCUGAGAGGCCAGAAAGCCGCAAUCAAGAAGAUGAGGAUGAAAGCAUCCAAGGAAUUUUGUGCUGAAUUGAAAGUCUUAACUUGUGUUCAUCACUUGAACCUAGUAGGUUUGAUUGGAUAUUGUGUUGAAGGUUUUCUCUUCCUUGUCUAUGAAUACAUUGACAAUGGAAACUUAAGUCAAAAUCUCCGCGAUUCAGAAAGAGAAUCUUUGACGUGGUCUACAAGGAUGCAAAUCGCGCUGGAUUCAGCUAGAGCUCUUGAAUAUAUUCAUGAACAUACCGUACAUGGAUAUAUCCAUCGCGACAUAAAGUCAGAAAAUAUUUUACUAGACAAAAGGUUUCGUGCAAAGGUUACAGAUUUUGGAUUAUCCAAGUUUGCUGACGUUGAAAAUUCAACUUCAUCUAAUAAGAUCGUGCAGGGUACAUUCGGUUACAUGCCACCAGAAUACGCGCGUGGUGGUGUUGCUCCUUCUCCAAAAAUCGAUGUCUAUGCCUUUGGAGUUGUUCUAUAUGAACUUAUUUCUGCUAAACAAGCUGUAAUCCGUGAUGGACCUGAAGUAAAAGGCCUUGUAGCUUUGUUUGAUGAAGUGUUUGAUCAUGAAACAAAUCCGACAGAAGCUCUGAAAAAUCUGGUGGAUCCUAGACUUGGAGAUAACUACUCAGUUGAUUCAGUUUGCAAUAUAGCAAAACUAGCCAAAGCAUGUACAAUGAAGGAUCCACAAUUUCGUCCAAGCAUGAGAUCUGUUGUGGUUGCUCUUACGACACUAACUUCUACUACUGAGGAUUGGAAUGUUUCAUCUUUUUUUGAAAAUCCAGCUUUUGUAAAUUUAAUGUCCGGAAAAUAGUAGUACACGAUUAAAUGAUGUUGCAGUCAUCUCACCAUUUAACUGUUUUGUUGCCAAAAUCGUAGUACAUUUAUAAUUAGGAACACGAGUAAAAUGUCAAAUUGUCUAGUUGUAUUCUAAUGAGCUUUGACUGAUUCCGAUUCCUCC